AUGAGUUCUGGCGGUCUUUCUUCCGGUAAUUGGACGGCAAAUAAGCACAUCUUUAAAAACGAUGAUAUUUUGUACGAGAAUAUAACAAAACCGUUGCUUGCGCUGCCAUUUCAUCCAAUAACAUCAUUUUUGGAGCGGUACACAAUUCCAGUCAUUUGUGUUUUUGGUUUAAUAACCAACACAUUGUCUUCUGUCGUUUUUCUUCAGAAACCAUUGAAGAAUAAUUCUUGUAGCAUAUAUCUAGCUGCAAGAGGCAUAGCAGAUAAUGGAUUCCUAUUAACGUUAUUGAUAAUUUGGAUAUCACAAGUGUUUCAUUUACGUUUAGGAACAAUAAGUGGUUCAUGUAGCAUAAUAAUAUUUUUAAGCUACGUUUGUGGAUUUAUUUCGGUAUGGCUGGUUGUAUUUGUCACAUUUGAAAACUAUAUUCGAAUUUGCAAACCAUUUGUUGUAAAGCAGAUGUGCACAAAAAGAAUUGCUGAAAUAGUUCUUAUGAUAUUGUGUAUUUUGUCAGUCUGUUUUUACAACUUUCCUUUUUGGGCAAUAAGUGCAGAUGAUUGCGUGCCUUUCCCGCAACAUAGCAAAACUGUACAGGCAUUUGUAUACGCGGACACUGUUAUCACACUGGCUUUACCUCUUUGUGGUAUCAUUCAUUUGAUGGGUGCGAUAGUUUGUAGCUUAAUAAAAUCGUCCAAUAUCCGUAAGAAACGAACGAAAAGCGGAGUGACACAGUCUGGACAUACGCUUGCAAAGGUGACAAAAAUGUUAUUUGCGGUAACUGCUACAUUCUUUUGUUUAAAUGUUCCUUCGCACAUUUAUAGAUAUGUCAUUAUGAUAAAUGGAUUUGUAUUCGGCAAAAACGACAAUGCUAGCCAUUCUAUCCAAGAAGAAGCCGUACAUCAUACAACAUUACUCCUCUCCUAUUUAUCGUUAUCAACGAAUAUUAUUGUGUAUUUAGUGUUUGGUAGCAAAUUCAGACAGGUUCUUGUAAAAAUGUGUUUAACAUGUUUUUCAUCAACAAAACGUGAAAAUAGACAAAGUCGUUUUGAUUGGAAUAGGCCGUGUAGGAAUCCGGAAUUAAAUAAACUGCAAAAUCCGGUAACAAGGUCUCUUACAGUGUUAGUAACGGACAAAGAAUGGACGUCAAAGCUGGUACCUCUUGAAAGAGCAUAUACAAACUAAGAAUAUGCUGCACGUUGUACUUAUUGAUAAUGUACGAGGGGUUAUCCAAAAAUUCGUGGACUUUCUUUGUUGCGUAAAAUAUAUUUGAUAUAUUAAUUUAAAAUUCUUACACUGCUUAGAAGAAUUAAUAACAAAUAAACACAGAAAAAUUCAUGAGAGUAGCUUCUAACAUUACAACAAUAUUUAUUUUACAUAAACACAUGUCGGCGACAGUGGCGCACUCCAAAAAGUUAUUGACGUCAACGUCAU